UUCGUUCGUUUAAUACAAAGCAAAAAAUGACUGGUCGAGGCAAAGGAGGAAAAGGACUCGGAAAGGGAGGCGCCAAGCGUCAUCGCAAGGUCCUUCGUGAUAACAUCCAGGGUAUUACUAAGCCCGCCAUCCGUCGUCUGGCGCGUCGUGGAGGAGUAAAACGUAUCUCUGGCCUGAUCUACGAAGAAACCCGAGGUGUACUGAAGGUUUUCCUGGAAAACGUUAUCCGUGACGCAGUCACUUAUACUGAACACGCUAAGCGCAAGACCGUCACUGCCAUGGAUGUCGUGUAUGCACUGAAAAGACAGGGACGCACGCUGUAUGGAUUUGGAGGUUAAAUAAUUCGAACUACUAACAACAAAAGGCCUUUUUCAAGGCCAAAAAAUUAUAAAUGAAGGUCUACUUGAAAUAAAUCAUAUUUUCUUUUCGUGGAAAAGCCUUUCAUAAUAUGUUUUAUAAUGAUUGUGUUAUGUUGCUUCAUAUAUACAUUACCGUGCGGGAUGUUUGUAUUUUAGGCCACCUAGAUAUUAACAGCAGGAAGAUAGAAAUUUGGAAAAAAAUUUAGAAGAAUUAGAGUAUGUGGAAAAGGAUUUAUUUAGGCGCAAAA